AAUGGCGGCGACAAGGUGAGGACGACUGCGGAGCAGGAGAGGCCGUGGCGUGCACGGCAGGAACCGGCCAUGGCGCUGUUGGACAGCUCGAGCGGCCUGUGGACCGUGCUCGGGCAGGCCUCGAACGUUGUGCAGCUGGUCGGCGUCGACGCGCUCGGGCUCGUGUCCAUGGUCGUCCAGGCGUCGCUGGCGGCGCGCCGCCACCGGGACGCGUGCCGGCGGCUGGCACAGCACGUGGAGAUCGUCGGCGGCCUGCUGCGGGAGCUGGAGCUCGCCGAGCUGAUGCGCUGGGAGGCCACGCGGCGGCCGCUCGAGCAGCUGAGCGGCGCGCUGCGGCGGUGCUACGCGCUCGUCACGGCGUGCCAGGACUGCGGGUACCUCCGCAGCCUGCUCGCCGGCGCCCGGAUGGCCGAGGAGCUCCGCGCCGCGGAGCAGGAGAUCGACAUGUUCAUCCGCCUCGUCCCGCUCAUCUCUCUCGUCGACGCUACGCAUGAUCGCGGGGCCAAGCAGGCUGCUAAGGGAGUGCCAGGCACAAUCACGAAUAGUUCAAACCAUCACGUCAGGUUCCCAAGAAGUGUUUCAGAUUCCAUCGAGAUACACAUUCAAGGAGCUAAUGAAGUUUGUGAUGUUUCAAAACAACAAUUAGAAGGAGCACUAGACUUGCAAGAACAGAAAAUUCUGGACAUUGAAGAAUUGUUGGAGCUUUGUAUACGUACUGAAGAGUGUUGCUCUGGAUUCAAAAGAUUCGAAUUCUUUCAGAUUGUUGAUGCUACAGAGAAUUUCUCAGAAAAUAGAAACGUCGGGUGGGGUGGUUUUGCUACAGUUUACAAGGGUCAAUUGCCUGAUGGAUUCAUGAUUGCCGUCAAAAGGAUGGAUGAAUAUGCUACUGUGUUUGAUUUCAGCAGUGAAUUUCUGCUUGCGAGGCUUCAGCAUAGUAAUCUUGUUAGAUUAUUGGGUUGGUGUAUCCAUGAGAAAGAAAGGAUUUUAGUGUAUGACUUCAUGCCCAAGGGUAACCUGCACCGGUUCAUCUUCGACAAAAGAAACGGGUCAUUGCUAGACUGGUCUAAGCGACUCAAUAUAAUUAAAGGGUUAGCUGCUGGACUUGUUUACCUUCACAAGCAGUCCAUGCUAUGGAUUGUCCAUAGGGAUUUGAAACCCCAAAACAUCCUCUUAGAUCAUGACAUGAACCCAAAGAUUACUGAUUUCGGAUCAGCUAGAACUCUGAGUUCAGAUACCGCGGAAGAGCGUACAAGCAGGGUUGUGGGAACUAGUGGUUACAAAGCUCCGGAGUACACAUCUCGAGGCAUUUAUUCACUCAAGACAGAUGUGUUUAGUUUUGGAGUGAUGGCUUUAGUCAUCAUCAGUGGGCGAAAGAAUACCAUACUGGAGCAGCAAGGAGAUUCUGUUGGUACCCUCGUACGAGAUGCAUGGCAACUGUGGAAUGAUGGAAGGCUACAUGAGCUUGUAGAUCCAAUUUUGGGUGAUGGAUUCGAACAUGCAGAGGUAAUGCGGUAUGCUCAAGUGGCACUGCUUUGUGCUCAGGAAGACCCAAAAGAUCGCCCCACCAUGUCGGAUGUUGUGGCACUCUUGAACUUUGAAAGCAUAAGUUUAUUACCAGAUCCUAAACAGCCAUCUGAGCUGGUCAAGGGAGGUGCUGCUGGUGACAAGUUAUCAACAUGUGUUAGCCAAUCAAGCAGGACCAUAGACAUAACCAUCACAAGUUCAGCUCCUGUGUCAACUAGAGUCCGCAUCAUUGUAGAGCCAGAGACCUGAAAAAACCAUUUAUUUAACAGAAAGCUGAAAACUUGAAAGGCUUUUCAGUCUGUUCAUGUAGAAAUGUCACGUAUUAAAAACAUUUCGUCUUUAAUAUUAUACGUUAUGUCAGUCUUUUCAUUUUCUGGAUUUCAUCUCUAGCACACCGUCUAAUCGGUAACAGCCUAUGCAAUUAUCAGAAAAAUGUAGCUGUAAA